AUGCCUCGUGAAGAAAACGAUAUCCUCAAGAUCCGGCGUCACCACCGACUCACAGUCCCCAGGCUCAGCUGCAUCCUCUUUGCUACUAAGGGCUUCUGUCUGCCUUUGGAGAUCAGCAGUCUCCAAGGAAACCAGGCAGCUCCAGGUGAAAGGGUGUUCCAUUACCCGAGGUGGUGGCGCCACCCCCCACCCUGCUCCCAUUCCUCCAUCCCCCGUCCCCAUGGCUCUCUUUCCUGCACGCUGCCCCUGGCAAUCCUCACCCACCCUCUCUUUCUUUCCGUCUGCAUCCUGGCAUUUCCCAUGUACCUGCUGGACUUUCUGGGCUUGUGGAACCGGAUAUGCAAAAAAUCGCUCCCCUACUUCUUGGCAAGGUUCACUGUGAUAUACAACGAACAGAUGGCGAGCGAGAAGCAGGAGCUCUUCAGCAAUCUACAGGAGUUCGCGGGCCCCUCCGGGAAGCUCUCCCUGCUGGAGCUGGGCUGCGGCACAGGGCCCAACUUCAAGUUCUACCCGCCUGGAUGCCGGGUGACGUGUAUUGAUCCCAACCCCAACUUUGAGAAGUUCUUGAUCAAGAGCACUGCUGAGAACCGACACCUGCAGUUUGAGCGCUUCCUGGUGGCUGCCGGGGAGGACCUGCACCAGGUGGCCGACGACUCCAUGGAUGUGGUGGUCUGCACACUGGUCCUGUGCUCCGUGAAGAACCAGGAGCGGAUCCUCCAGGAAGUGUGCAGAGUGCUGAGGCCGGUGAAUGCCCUUAACUUCUUGGAACAUACAGCAGCCAAACAUUCUAGCUGGAAUUUCUCUGGUCAGCAAUUCCUCAGCCUAGCUAGACACUUCUUAUUUGAAACCUCAGCAGUGGGCAGGACCCUGCUGGUGCAGUAG